UUAUUAAUAAUGCAUAGGGACUGAUGGUGUAAUAGACUACAAAGAAAACAAUGAUCUUUGACCAUUGAAAAGUUUGAAUACAGUCAGUUCUGUAAAUAUGAGGAACACGCAUUAAAGAAAUUGUUUUGACAUAAUGGAAGUAGACCACUGAUAGGUACGUUACCAACGAAAUACAACUUUUUACACAUUAAGACAUUGUAGACCUAGAGAAUUGAGAGGACGUUGUUAGAAAACAAAAAAUACAGUUGUGUAAGGCUAGCAAUACAAUGGCAGGAUGUGGUGUAAGAAGUGUAUUGGUUUACUCGGUACACUACAAUAAUGUUCUAUAAAAGGCUGACUAGAGAACAAAAGUCAAGACUCUAGUUAGUCAUUGAGUGGAUCGAAUAAAUUUAGUAAUCGCGUUUCUCCUAGAAAUCGCGUUUACAGCAGAAAUAAAUAUCUAAAAAUUGAUGUGGCACACACAAGUUCGUGCAUGUCCCGUGUUAAAACAUUGAUAAGAUUGGCAUAUGGGGCCACAAAUAUUCCACCUUCCUUGUACUAUAUAAAGAGGCCUAUUCAUUGUUUUCAAACCUUAACACAUUGGAUCCUUUCUCCGUGAGCGAUAAGUUAUUUUCAGUUCGACUCCACGUACAUGGAUCAUUCAGAAAACAUUCCCUCUUGCGAUCACAAACCUCCUCGUUUGCUCACAAGAGAUCAAGAGCACGUGAUCAUGGUUUCUGCUCUGCGACAAGUCAUAUCCAACGUCCGAGGUGACAAUUCAUCAUCGAACUCGGUUGCAUGCGAAGCUCUUCAUCAACCUUUGGACGCUGGCCCUUGUCCUCUCUGCAAUAUUACCGGUUGCUUAGGUUGCGCAUUCCCAGUGCAUGAAGAGAUAGAGAAGGAGAAGAAGCACAAAGGUGUGAGGCAAAAGCCAUCAGGUAAAUGGUCUGCCGAGAUAUGGGAUCCGAGUUUGCAAAGAAGAAGGUGGCUUGGAACAUUUCCAACAGCUAAAAUGGCUGCGGAGGCUUACGAUGAUGCGGAGUCUAAGCUUGUCAAAAGAAAGGCAGCAAGAAGUGGCACAAUGAACGGAGAUGAACCAUCCAUACACCGAGAAGACGAGGGUGGAAAAUGAUUUAGAAAUUGUUUGGUCGUGUUUCACUCGAACUAAACAUGCAGUGGAAUUAUAAUAUACAAAAUCUUCACACAUAUCAUUUAUUUCAUUGAUCAGAUUUUUUACAUGUGUUAAAUAUUGUAUGUGACUACCUUGUGAUUGUGUUUUUAGUUUUAGCUUUCUUAUUAAAUUUGAUUUGUCAUA